AUGAUUGAUGUUUGUGGACUAACUGGUAUCUUUAACUCUCGUAGCUAUGUUGGUUAUUUAUUUAAGUACACUAUCAAUUCGACUGCCAAGCCGGCCUUGCUCCUUACUACCGAGACUCAGAUAUCUUCCCGGGCUGAUACUUCCUACCUCUCUUACCCGUUCUUAUUAGUGCCACGGGCAAGAGUUUGCGUGUAUGUCAGAGAGAUCUGUUCUCGUCCCCUCAGGACGUCUCUCGUCCCUUCAAGAAAAGAGCGUAAGUACCAAUUCUUAAAGGGCUGGCAGCGCACUUGCAAGCCUUCUCGCAAUGGAGGGUCUAUGGACACAACAUCAUAUGAGCUCGUUAGCCUCCAGUUACAUAAAAAGAAAUACUCAUUCAAUAACCAGCUUUCCGCAGGAUUGACCGCGUGGAUUUAG